GUCUUCAAUCAAAUUCCAAUCAACCCACCUAAGCUUCUAGCAAAAAUGGCCUUCAAGUUUGUCAUCCUCGCCGCACUCGUUGCCGCCGUCAGUGCCGGUGGACCUGCUGCUUACUCGAUUGCUUCGCCGAGCGUGGAUUACCACUCUGUCGGUGCCUCGCACGAGCACACCGUCAAGGGUCUGUACGGUCAGAAUGUGCUAUCCCAGUACUCGAAGGCCGUCGACUCCGCACACUCGUCGGUGCGCGUCCACAGCUCGCGUCUGAGCAACGAUGGAUAUGCGUACGCCCCAGCCGUUAAGUACGCCGCCCCGGCCUAUGCUGCCCAUUAUGCCGCCCCGGCCGUCCACUACCCAGCUGCCGCCCACUAUGCCGCUCCAGCCGUCCACUACCCAGCUGCUGCACACUACGCCGCCCCCGCUGUCCACUACCCAGCUGCACACUAUGCCGCUCCCGCUGUCCACUACGCUGCCCACGCCCCGAUCGUUAAGGCCGCUUACCCUGCUGCCGUUGCCGCCCCGCUGGCCUACAAGGCUCCGCUGGCCGCUCCUGUAGCUGCCGUGCACGGUGGUUCGGUCGUGCAGUUCGCCGGUCUCGGUGCCAGCUACGCCUGGUAA